AUGGAUCCCAAUCUGAUGGAUCCCAAUCCCAAACCCAGUCCCAAACUGGUGAAUCCCAAUCCCAAUCCGGUGGAUCCCAAACUUGAUCCAAUGACUCUCACUCCCAAUCCUGAUCCCAACUUGAUGAAUCCCAAUCCCAAUUCCAAUCCAGUAGAUCCCAGUCCUGAUCCCAAUCCCAAUCUGGUGGCUCCCAGUCCCAAUCCUGGUCCCAAUCCAGUGGAUCCACAUCCCAAAUCCAAUCCUAAUCUGAUGGAUCCCAAUUCCAAUCUGGUGGAUCCCAGUCCCAGUCCCAAUCCCGAUCUGACAACUUCCAGUCUUAAUCCCAAUCUGGGAGCUGCUGAUCCCAAUUCUGGUCCCAGUCUGGUGGAUCCCAGCCCCAAUCCUAAUUCCAACCCUGAUCCGUUGGCUCCCGAUCCCAAUCCCAAUCCAUUGGGUCCCAAUUCCAAUCCCGGUCCUGAUCUGAUGGAUCCCAAUCCCAAUCUGUUGGAUCCCAAUCCUAAUCCUGGUCUGGUGGGUCCCAGCACCAAUCCUGAUCCCAACCCGUUAGAUCCCAAUCCCAAUCCUUGUCCUGAUCCGGUGAAUCCCAAUCCCAGUCCAAUGGAUCCCAGCCCCAAUCCCAAUCCCAAUCUCCAUCUGGUGGAUCCUGAUCCCAGUCCAAUGGAUUCCAAUUCCAGUCCGUUGGAUUCCAGUCCCGAUCCCGGUCCAAUGGAUCCCGAUCCCAAUCCUGAUCCCAAUCCUCAGGAUCUGAAUCCCAGUUUGUCGGAUCGUGAUUCUGACCCUAAUCCCAAUCCCAGUCCAUUGGACCUCAAUUCCAAUCCCAAUCCUGGUCCAUUGGAUCCCGAUCCUGAUCCCAAACCUAAUCCUGUUCCGUUGGGUCCCAGUCCCAAUCCUGAUCCCGGUCUGUUGGAUCCCAAUCCUGAUCCCAAUUCUGGUCCAUUAGAUCCCGAUCCUGAUCCCAAUCCCAAUCCUGUUCCGUUGGGUCCCAAUCCCAAUCCCUGUCCUGGUCCAUUGGAUCCUGAUCCCAAUCCCAAUCCCGGUCUGGGACCGUUGGAUCCCCAUCCUGAUCCCAACCCCAAUCCUGGUCCAUUGGAUUCUAAUCCCAAUCCCAAUCCCGGUCCCAGUCUGUUGGAUCCCAAUCCUGAUCCCGAUCCCAAUCCUGGUCCCAGUCCAUUGGAUCCCAAUCCUGAUCCCGAUCCCAAUCCUGGUCCCGGUCUGUUGGAUCUCAAUCGCAAUCCUGAUCCCAAUCCUGAUCCCGGUCUGUUGGAUCCCAAUCCUAAUCCCAAUCCCAAUCCUGAUCCCAAUCCGUUGGAUCCCAAUCCUGAUCCCAAUCCCAAUUUUGAUCCCGAUCCCAAUCCCAAUCCCAGUCCUGGUCUGUUGGAUCCCGAUCCCAAUCCUGGUCCCGGGCUGUUGGAUCCCAAUCCCAAUCCCAAUCCCAAACCCGGUCCCGAUCCGUUGGAUCCUAAUCCUGAUUCCAAUCCCAAUCCCAAUCCUGAUCCCAGUCCGUUGGAUCCCAAUCCCGAUCCCGAUCCCAAUCCUGAUCCCGGUCCGUUGGAUCCCAAUCCUGAUUCCAAUCCCAGUCCCGGUCCUGGUCCGUUGGAUCCCAAUCCCGAUCCCGAUACUGAUUCCAGUUCAUUGGAUCCCAAUCCCAAUCCCAAUCCUGGUCCCAGGCCGUUGGAUCCUAAUCCCAAUCCCAAUCCCAAUUCUGGUCCCAGUCCAUUGUAUCCCAAUCCUGAUCCCGAUCCCAAUCUUGAUCCCGGUCCAUUGGAUCCCAAUCCCGAUCCCAAUCCCAGUCCCGGUCUGUUGGAUCCCGAUCCUGAUCCCAAUCCCGAUCCCAAUCCUGAUCCCGGUCCAUUGGAUCCCAAUCCUGAUCCCAAUCCCAAUCCUGGUCCGUUGGAUCCUAAUCCUGAUCCCGAUAAUGAUUCUGGUCCAUUGGAUUCCAAUCCUGAUCCCAAUCUUGAUCCUGGUCCGUUGGAUCCCAAUCCCAAUCCUGGUCCCAGUCCAUUGGACCCCAAUCCUGAUCCCGAUCCCAAUCCUGAUCCCAGUCUGUUGGAUCCCAAUCCUGAUCCCAAUCCCGAUCCUGGUCUGUUGGAUCCCAAUCCCGAUCCUGAUUCCAGUCCAUUGGAUUCCAAUCCCAAUCCUGAUCCUGAUUCCGGUCUGUUGGAUCCUAAUCCCAAUCCCAAUCCUGAUUCUGGUCCAUUGGAUCCCAAUCCCAAUCCCAAUCCCAAUCCCAAUCGUGACCCAGGUCCAUUGGAUCCUAAUCCUGAUCCCAAUCCCAAUCCUGAUUUUUAUCCUUAUCCUAAUCCUGAUCCUGGUCCGUCCAUUGGAUCCCAACCCCGAACCGGAUCCCAGUCCAUUGGAUCCCAAUCCCGAUCCCAAUCCCGAUCCUGAUCCAGGUCCUCCCGGUCCGUUGGAUCCCAAUCCCGAACCGGAUCCCAUCCAUUGGAUCCCAAUCCCAAUCCCAAUCCUGAUCCCAGGCCGUUGGAUCCUAAUCCCAAUCCUGUUCCCAAUCCCAAUCCUGAUCCCGGUCCGUUGGAUCCCAAUCCUGAUCCCAAUCCCAGUCCCGGUCUGUUGGAUCCCAAUCCUAAUCCCAAUCCUGAUCCUGAAUCCCGGUCCAUUGGAUCCCAAUCCCGAUCCCAAUCCCGG